GUGUGAAAUGAAAUAUGUGUUGCUGGAAAUGGAUAGAAUCUUACGACCUAAUGGGUUGGCGACAUGCUAGUUCGGAGCGGCGUGACAAUUUUCUUUGCUCCGUCGUUAGGGUUUUUAGAGUUUCCCAAAACAAGUUGGUAGAGUUCGUUCAUUGAGAGCAAAACAAUGAUCGACUUGUUGUUGAAAAAGCCCAAUUGGAACGACGUCGUAGACGACGACGAUUCAACUCGAUCCAAAUUGUGUCUUUUGAACGACUUGGAAACCGUUAUUUGGUCCGCGGUGGGUCGCGCCGAAGCGCGUUUAUGGCUCUGCAACACGGUCGCGGGUUUCAACUGCGUGACUUUCGUCGAUCAGCGUGACCUGUUUCGGGCUUUGCUAAGAACACGACGGACGAAGCGCGAUUUGGCGUCUCAGCUUCUGCAUUUCAUGGUUGACACUUCGCCGCACAAACUUGGUUCCGUUUUGGCUCGGAGGUGUCACGUUCUUGAGAAGUUUUUUCAAGGUAAUCCAAAGCGAGUAUUGCAGUGGUUUUCCUGCUCUUCCUCUAGUGGUGGACUAGAGCAGGGAAAAGGUUUUAGGGCACUGUCCCAGUUUGCAUUUAAAAAUAGAGAUAUUUGUUGGGAGGAGCUGGAGUGGAAAGGAAAGCAUGGGCAGUCGCCAGCAGUGGUUGCUACUAAGCCCCAUUAUUUUCUAGAUUUGGAUAUUCUCCAAACUGUAGAAAACUUUCUAGAACAUGUACCUGAGUUUUGGUCAUCUGAUGAGUUUGCUGAGUCAGUGAAGGAUGGUGAUAUUUUUUUUAUUGAUAGGUCCUUCUUUGUGAAAUAUUUCAUUGAUUUAAUGUAUAAGGAGGAAUUUAAAGAUAUAUGGGAUGUUGUAAAUGAAUUUCUCGGGCAGCAGCCCUUCUCCUCUCUGUGUGGACGUCUUCUUAUUGCUCUUGAAGAUCAAGACUUAUGCUACCUUGUGGAAUCACUUUGUAAAUCUCUUGGCCCUAGAAUGGAUCUUCAACAUUCCAAUGACAUCUCUAAUUUGUUUGUGAUUUUAGUUUUUAAAUGUGGUGCUUAUGGAUCUAUUGACCAGUUACUGCUGCUAAAUGCUGUCACUGCACAGGCGAGGCAGCUUCUACGCCUUUUACGUGAUGAAGAGGCUUGGGAACCACAUGAAAAAAUCAAUGAAAUUGUGUCAAAGAUGUCUGCAAUCCCAAGCAAUCCUAAUAUCUUGACAACAAUCUUCAAGAACAAAUAUAAGAUGAAAACUAUAGAAGUGAUAAAGUAUCUGGGACUUCUGUCAUGGCUUAUUUACUAUAGACUGUCACGAGAAUGCCAGAACCCCGACUCUUGGGAGUCUUUGUUCGUGAAUAAUCAAAUUAGUUUUCGUAACUCUGAUAAAAAUGCAUUGCAAGAACCAUUAGAAGAAGAUUGUUCUGGUUUUGAUAGCAGUUUGUCAGUUAGAGUAAAAACUAGAAGAAAAAAGAAGGCUAGAAAGAAGAGGAGGACCUGUUAUCGCGAUGAAGAUGGUGAUGAUGAUGAAUUGCUUGAUUAUGAUUCUGCUAGCCAGAAGCUAGUUUCUCUGUCAAAUACUAGAAGUUGGUUGCUUUCAACUGAUGGGUACUCUUCAGGAUUGAGCAGUGCAGAUUUACCAGAGUACCUUCAUAAACAGUGCUUGUCUAAGUGGAUGACAUGGCUGUAAGGAAAUGAGGUCCUGGUCCCCACCAAAGAGACAUGCUAUCAUCGUCUCCAAACUGUUGAAUAGCAAGAUCAUUCAUUCAUCCCUCAUCUUCAUGUUUAAGCAUGGUUUUCCAACACACACUGGACUUGCUAGGAAUGGGAAAUAUCUGAAACGUAAACAUGAAAAGCCAGCCUGAUAACUUCCUAAAAGGCAUUAAACUUGGAGUUCAUUGUGAAGAACUGGAAUGGAAGCGAUAAAAAGCUGUGCUCAUAAACUGCUACCAUCGUACAUGAUUGGCAACAUGAGCAGUCAACAAUAUGGUCUGAAUUUUUCUAUCACAACAAUGUUGCCAGGAUCAUCCAGAUUGCUAUGAAGGUCAUGCUCGGGCUAGUUAUGAUACUCGAGCUCCAUCAUCACUUCUGUGGCGGCAUAUUAUAUCUGUUAGUAUUUUAUGUAGCGUAGCACUCCUUAUUUUUUGAUAAAUGGAAGCGGAUGCAUGCACGUUGUUUGAAGUUGAUUUCUUGUGCUAA